AUGGACUUGCGCACCAUCAUCAACAACGACGCUGCUGGUGUCCAGCGACCCCCGGCUUCCCCUCAUCAACCUCCGGGUCACGAUCUGGACUCCCAUUGCCCCAACAAACAGCGCGAUAACCUUUCUCCGGCGUCAUUUAACCAGACUCAACAGGCUCAGCAUCCCUCGGAAUUCCGCGCCAAACCACCGCCACCUCCGCCCCUCCAGCGCCCUCAUCGAUCUUCAAGCGGUUCCUCAUCCUACGGGUCCGCGCAAUCACCAUAUCAACAUACGUCGGCAUCCACGUUAAGCUCUGGCCCGCACUCUCAGGGCGGGCAGACCCUACCUAAUGCCAUACAGACACAGGCCUACCCGCCCAAUUCGCGUGAUCCCUUCCCACCUACCUCCUCCAGUUCCGCUUACAAUCAAUCUGCCGGGCCGUUAUCUUCUCCGUAUACCCCUCAAGCUCUAAGUGCCGGGACCCAGCAAUCUUAUUUUCCACAACAGCGCUCACAAUCGGUUCAUUCCAUCCAAACUCCGUCCUCCACCCAUAGCUACACGUAUCCUUCUCAUGAAAACGUUGGAGCGCCACAGCAGCAGUCUAUCCAACCACAAUCACAACCCUUCUCCCCAAGCCAGCACCGUUCCCACCCUGGAACUCCCGUAGUAGCCCCAUCGGCUCCCCUUUCCCGUCCUUCUCCUCACCAAUCUCGACCCCCGUCGUCCGGUUUCGAUUCCCAGCGGCGUUCCCUAUCUGGCUCCUGGGGCAGUCAAGAUAUCCAAUCGCAGAAUAAGAGGGAUUCAGGAUCUCCAGUCAUUGCGCGCCACGAUCCGGGAACGGGUGGCGAGCAGCGAAGACGAUACUCGGUAGCACCAGAGGCGCGGAGCGUCAGUGUUAGUCCAAGAACAAAAGUGGCAAAUCUGAGCAGAUCGAGUGAUAAUGGUGCUCGUGAUCACACUCCUCAGCCAUAUCGUAAGGACGUUGAUACAACGUGGAAAAACAGUAGGAAUAACGCCGCCCAAUUCUCUGGUGACGCAUAUUAUACCGGUGAUACAGGACCGUUACAACACCCGCCCACUACUCCGAAAACGCCACAACCUCUAAGCGCUAGUCGUCCACCAACUAUAUCUCCCCCUACCAAAAGUACACGGCGAAGUGAGCUGCCCUCAUCCAUUGAACCUAGUCACAUACAACAAGGGAAGGGAGAUCAUCCACCAAUGGACACUUCUAAGUUACCAUCCGACGCCCCCAAGAGGAAACGAAGGCGGUAUGAUGAACCUCCAACCUACGCACGCAAGGCUCCACGAACCAGCGGCAAUCCACCAGCAAUACCUACCGGAAGCAAUUUUUCUCUUCCCUCUAAAUCUGCAGUUCCUAGACACGACUCUCUACCGGACAAAGCUCCCCUGAGAAAUCGCCCCCUGGCCCCAGGUACCCAGCAUCAAGUUGUUGGCACUACAAACGGGGAAGCCCCAACCAAUGGAGCUCCAAUUACUCGUCCCGCGCCCUUGGACCAUGCAGGCUCCUCAUUGGGCCCAUGGGAACCGUCAAUUACAGGAGUAAUCCCCCACGAAGAAGUUACAAAGUUGAUAUGCGACUUUUUGUUUCAGCAGGUUGUGAUGAGGAGAGACAUUGGAGCAGCCCCCGCUGGAGGAUCCGCUGUGGGACAAGAUGCCAUUCUUGAAGUUGAAGCCAAACUGGGCCUAUUGAUUGACAGGAAUCGUGGAGAGCGCGUUCGGAUACCUGCUCUUACGGAAUGCAUCGUUGCAAAAGAUGAUCCCAGUAUACGAGUUGGGUUUGAAAGCUCAAUGUCUUUGGCCCAACACCGCGCUCUCAACGAUUUUCUCAACGACACCGUGAAAUCUUCCCUCUCUCAACCAGGCACCCGCAUCCCAUUGACCUACGCCCACAAAAAGGAACGUGACACCUUCUACGAUAUCUCCUCCUCCUCCCUCCCCCCAAUAAUCCAACACCAUCUCAAUCCCCGUCACAAACCAAAAGUCCGCGUCACAACGGACCAGCGAACUGGAGCCGUCCUAGCUCGCAUUGUCAAAUGCCGCAUUGCAGAUCUUGAUGUAUUUAGCCCAAGAACCUGUCUUGAUUGGCGAAUCAGUGUCAAUCUUGAAAUGAACUUCGAAGGCGAUAUUGGUGAGCUCAGUUUACCGGGAAAUACGGGACCGCAGUCUGGGGUUGGUGCUCCAAGGGGAGGUGCCAGAUGUAAAGAUCGUAUGAGCUAUAGACAUUUGGCGUAUCAGAUUGACUUGACACAGGUCGCUAUCUCAGAGGAACUCGCCAACAAUCCCCAAUCAGAUUUUGAACAUGAGCUCGAAAUUGAAAUUUCCUCUGCCGAAAUUCGACGCCAGGGUGACUUGGCGCUUGCUGGGGAUCCCAAAAAUCAGUACGAGGAACUUAUUAAAGGGUUCGUGGAUAAUAUAAGGGUGCUGGCGAGAGCUGUUCCGGGGCGUUAA